AUGUCUCUUACCAGACCUAACCACCUGACCUACGAUCAGCAUUUCGAGCGUGAAUGCGAGCUCUUCCAGGAAGCUCUAGUAAGGGAAGCUCACUCACUCCAUCUGUUGGAAGACCGCCGCGCAGAAACCAUUCAAGUCAUUUGUGAUCUGAUCUUUCAGCUGGAGAUCAUCGGGCAGCUCGCUGAGACUAUGGCCAGAAAGUCCCCUAUAUGCCCUACUGUCUUGAUUAGCCCCCCGGGCUAUUUCCUUGGUGAAUUUCAAGACUUUUGCCGUGCGAGGAUUCUGCCUGGUUUGGUUAGAUCGUUGACCUGUCUUAGAGAGUCGGAUACUAUCUAUCGCGAUAUCAACUUCACAGUCGCUGGUCAAUUGGAGGCGGCACACGACGAUAUGGCGUUUGUCUUGGAUAGUCGCGAGUAG